AGGCACCUGCCAGCCAUGGCCACCGCUGAGACUGCCCUGCCCUCCAUCAGCACGCUGACCACCCUGGGGCCCUGCCCGGACACGCAGGAGGACUUGCUUAAGUGGUGGCGCCUAGACGAGGCACAGGACCUGGGCCCGGGUCCCCCGGAUCCUAUGGGGCCGCCCCUUCAUGUAAGCCCGGAGUCGGAAGACGCACCGGGGGAAGACGAGGAUGACGACAGAGACGCAGAUCCCACCUGGGACCUGGAUCUCUUCCUCAGCAGCUUCCCGAGCCCUGACCCGGGAGGAGCGCCGCGGACCUGCGCCCUGAGCCCUGGAGAGGCGACCGGGGCGCAGUACCCUCCGCCCCCCGAGACUCUGGGCGCCUAUGUGAACGGCCCGGGCCUGGUGCCGGGGUUCGGGGGACCCGAGGAGCCAGCGGGCUGGGUGCGCGCCCCGGACCCAUUCGCGGCCCCGGGUCCCAGCCCCGAGCCUAAGGCGCUAGCACUGCAGCCCGUGUACCCGGGGCAGGCAGCGAGCUCCGCGAGCGGCUUCUUCCCGCCCGCCGGGCUUGCACUGCCCGCAGCCCCGAGCGCCCCCUACGGGCUGCUGCCGGGGUACGCUCCACUGUACCCGGCGCCCCAGUACCAGGGCCACUUCCAGCUCUUCCGCGGGCUCCCAACGCCCUCGCCCAGCCCCGCCGCACCCCCCUCCUUCCUGGGCUGUCUGGGACCUGGAACAGUGGGGGCCAGACUCGUGGGAACCUCAGGAGACCCCAGCGUGAUCGCCGAAGGCGCCCCCCAGAAACGCUGCCGGCGCUCGUGGGCACGAAAGAGGCAGGCAGCGCACACGUGCGCGCACCCGGGCUGCGGCAAGAGUUAUACCAAAAGCUCCCACCUGAAGGCGCAUCUGCGCACGCACACGGGGGAGAAGCCAUAUGCCUGUUCCUGGGACGGCUGCGGCUGGAGGUUCGCGCGCUCUGAUGAGUUGACUCGCCAUUACCGGAAACACACGGGCCAGCGCCCCUUUCGCUGCAAGCUCUGCCCGCGCGCCUUCUCCCGCUCUGACCACCUGGCUCUGCACAUGAAGCGCCACCUGUGACUCUGUCCUGGGG